UCCACAUCAUCAUCAUCUCUUUCAUCACUCCAUCCACACUCCUCUCCCUCUGUCGACUUCGGUCACCUCUUUCUUUCUUUUCCUUGGGCACCUGUUUCUCGCAUCUCCCGCCAGCUACUAGCUCCCCUUCCACCAUGGCGUCCCAAGUGGACCUCUUCAUCAUCGCACUCGCCGUCCUCCUCCCCCUCCUCUUCUGGUUCCGCGAGUCUCUUCCCCUCAUCGGCGGCAAGAAGAGCCACCAUGUCGGCGCGGUCGGUGCUGGAGCAGCAGGCGGCGAUGAAGAGGACGGCGACCCUCGCGACUUUGUGGGCAAGAUGAAGCGUGCUGGCAAGCGCUGCGUCGUCUUCUACGGCACUCAGACUGGUACGGCUGAAGAGUACUCGAUCCGCCUCGCCAAGGAAGCCAAGUCCCGCUACGGCCUCUCAUCGCUCGUGUGCGACCCCGAGGAGUAUGACUUCAACAACCUUGACCAGGUCCCCGAUGACUGCUGCAUCUUCUUCGUCAUGGCAACCUACGGCGAGGGUGACCCGACCGACAACGCCGAGCAAUUCUGGGAGUUUAUCAUGGACGAGAACGUUCAGUUCUCGCAGGGUGGUGACUCGCUCGAGAACCUCAACUACGUGAUCUUUGGCCUCGGCAACAGAACCUAUGAGCACUUCAACGGUGUUGGCCGCAAGCUUGACGCCAAGCUUCAGGCUCUCGGCGCUCACCGUAUCGGCACGCUCGGCGAAGGCGACGACGACAAGGCCCUCGAGGAGGACUACCUCGAGUGGAAGGACCCCAUGUGGGAUGAGUUCUCCAAGCGCAUGAACGUUGAGGAAGGCGGCGCCGGCGACGUGGCCGACUUUGUCGUUACCGAGGUCACCCCCGACAUGAAGAAGGUCUACCACGGUGAACUGUCCUCGCGCGCGCUUUUGGCCAGCACUUCGGGUGCCUCGACGCCCGUCGGCUCGUACAACUCGAAGAACCCGUAUGCCUCCCCGGUCCUCACCACUCGCGAGCUUUUCGCCGUCGAUGGCGAGCGCAACUGCGUUCACAUCGAGUUCGACCUUACCGGGUCCGGCCUUACCUAUCAGCACGGUGACCACGUCGGCGUCUGGCCCUCGAACCCCGACCUCGAGGUUGAGCGUAUCUUCACUGUCCUCGGCCUUCUUGAGAAGCGCGGCACUGUCGUCGACAUUGUCUCGCUUGACCCCGCUCUUGCCAAGGUUCCUUUCCCCACUCCCGCGACUUACGAGGCCAUCUUCCGACACUACAUCGACAUCGCCGCCACCGCUUCGCGCCAGACCAUCGCUUUCCUCGCUCGCUACGCGCCCAACGAGCAGGCAAAGGAGAAGCUCACGCGCUGGGGUAACGACAAGGAUGCGUACCACGACGAGGUCGACGGCCCCCGCCUCACCCUCGCCGAGGUCCUCAUGGCUGCUGCUGGUGACAAGCUUAACCCGCCAUUCGACAACGUCACGCGAUGGGAGAUUCCGUUCGACCGCAUCGUGUCCACUGUCCCCCGCCUCCAGCCCCGCUAUUACUCGAUCUCGUCUUCGUCCAAGCUCUACCCGUCCGCCGUUCACGUCACCGCUGUCGUCCUCAAGUACGCCUCGACCCAGUCCAAGGUUCACGACAACAACUCUCGCUGGGUUUACGGCCUUUCGACCAACUUCAUCCACCACGUCAUGCAGGCCAGCCGCAGCGGCACACCCAACGGUAUCGCGAACGGCAACGGCCAGGCUCACUUCGGUGGUCUUGCAGGUGCCGACGGCAGCAUCCGUCUCGAUGGCCUUGCUCCCACUUACAAGAUUUCUGGCCCCCGCGACUUCCACUUCAAGGACAACAUCUACCGUGUCCCUGUACACAUCCGCCGCUCCACGUUCCGUCUUCCGACCUCGCCCAAGGUGCCCAUCAUCAUGAUCGGCCCCGGUACCGGUGUCGCGCCGUUCCGCGGCUUCGUGCAAGAGCGCGUUGCGCUGGCACGGAAGGCGCGCGAGAAGGCUGGUGCGGACGCCGCGAACGCGCUCGAGUCCUGGGCCCCGAUCCACCUCUUCUACGGCUGCCGCCGCGAAGACGAGGACUUCCUGUACCGCGAGGAGUGGCCCGGCUACCUGAAGGAGCUGGACCCCGUGUUCAAGAUGCACAACGCGUUCUCGCGCGGGCCGAACCGCAAGCCCGAUGGCUCCAAGAUCUACGUGCAGGACUUGAUCUGGGACCUGCGCCACGAGCUUGCCCCCCUUAUCUUGGAGAAGCGCGCGUACAUCUACAUCUGCGGCGACGCCAAGAACAUGGCGAAGAGCGUCGAAGACCGCCUGAUCCGCAUGCUCGCCGAGGCCCGCGGCGGCACCCCCGAAGUUGAGGGCGCCAAGGAGCUCAAGGUCCUUAAGGACCGCAACCGUCUCAUGACCGAUGUCUGGAGCUAGUGGUCUGUAGCGUCUGUAUUGCGACAUCUCAAUCUGCAUUUGAUACCAAGCUUGA